AUGGAGCAGUCCCAAACGCAGUCGACGCCUUCCAAAGCUUUGCGCAAACGCGGUAGUAAACCGACGCAGCAACAGUCCACAAACGUGCAUAAAGCAUCUUGGGACUCCGACACGGUGCGGAUUUUUUUGGAACUUGUUAUCAAAGAGUUGGACGUUGGUUUCAAGGGGAGCUUCCAUACAAUGACAAUGCAUGGAUAUCUAGCUGUAAGCAAGGGCUUUCUGGACCGUACAAAUAAGGUGCAUGACGUCAAACAACUGCAGAACAAGUACUCGUUGCUGAAAAAGGAUUGGCAGUCAUGGUCGAAAUUGAUGGACAGCAGGCAUGGGCCAACUGGCAUCAGUUACAAUGAAGCCACGGGUUUGAUACAAGCAUCUGACGAUUUGUGGGCACAUUACGAAAAGUUAACAUUUCAACAACGGUUCAUAGUUGACAAGAAUGCAAUCAAGUUCAAAACAAAACCGUUGGAGCACAUGGACCUCAUGCGAAGGGUGUACGAAGGCGCUACAGCAACCGGAAAAUAUGCAUGGACACCAGGUGCAGCGUUCGAACCUGUGGCACCCGAUGACGGUACUUCGCAGGCGCCUGACGAAGACUAUGAAGAUAGCAGCGGGCUGCCCCCUUUCCAACCUGCCGCGCAGCAUGAACACACUGUGUAG